UCAGGAGACUCACUGAAGGUCUAUCUAAUAUUGUUCUAUUUGUUGCAUAAAUUUGCCUUAUCCUACCUGAAUUUAGAGAUAGAGGGUAUAUUUCCCAUGUGGUUCAACGUGACUGAUAUCAUGACAUCACGAGCAGUUCUUCUUUUGCUUCUUAUCAUCUUAAUACUACAUGAAACURAUGGCUGGCGUCGCAGAAGAAGACGACGUCGUCAACCGCCUCCUUGUCGCCCUGCAAACUGCCAGGUCGGCCAAUGGUCUCAAUGGUCAGGAUGCACACACCGAUGCGGGUAUUCAGGAAUACAGUCUCGAAGUAGAAGCAUACUUAAAGCAGCAUCUUGUGGUGGACAAUGUCCAUAUCAUCUCAGUGAAAGAAGGGCGUGUAACAGAAAUGCAUGUCAAAAUGGCGGCACACCUGCAGCAACAAACUGCAAAUGUAAAGYAGGUUUUACAGGAACUUGUUGUGAAAUUGUGAUACCAACAACAGCACCAACUACAGCACCGACAACAGCACCAACUACAGCACCAACUACAGCACCAACUACAGCACCGACUACAGCACCAACUACAGCACCAACUACAGCACCAACUACAGCACCAACUACAGCACCAACUACAGCGCCAACUACAGCGCCAACUACGGCACCAACUACAGCGCCAACUAAAGCACCAACUACGGCACCUUCUAUGGUAUCGACAACGGCACCAACUACAGCAGAGACAAAAGAACCCACUACAGCUCCGGCAACGGCACCAACAAUUGCAUCGCCAACGCCACCAACGACAGCGCUAACAACAGCUACAACUACCGAAGCCCAAACAACUUCUGUGUCUCCUUCCUGUGACGGUGGAUAUCUGCCACACACCAAGUGUCAUCGAACCUAUAUCAAACUUGGAGCAUUCAAGGAGAAAAGUAAAGCCAGAGCAAUGCCAGUGCUGCUAUUGACUGAUCGAGACUGCUUUAGCGACGAGAACGAUGGACAUAAGCUGGACUGGUACAAAUUCGAAGAAUCAAUUCACAGCUUGGCAUGUCGAUGUGCAGAACUGGCAAAGCAAAACCAUUGGAAAGUAUUUGGCUUACAGAACUACGGCGAAUGUUGGAGUGGUCCAAAUGCAGCAUUCACGUUUGACAAAUAUGGCAAAGCCGGACCGCAUGACUCAGUUCAAAUACUGACUAACAGUACUGCUCAGUGUGACAAAAGCAAUCCACAAGAAUGUAUUGGUAAAGGUGAUAUCAACUACGUUUACAGUAGGCAGUAAGGCUGUGACAGCAACACUUCUAAGAUGUCUGCAGACAUGACUCAGAAAGUCAAGCUGAAUAGUAAUAUAUAAUGUAGUAUAGGGGGAUAGUGAUUGAUAAAGUCAUAAUAAAGAACCUAAAACUGA